GCCUCCUUUGCUGCUCGUAGAAGUAUAGCACGUAGCCAUGUCAACACAAGCUGCACCUGCACGUAGAUGCAAAUUGCCUCCCUCUUCCUCGGUGAAAACCAUGCCUAUGCCGCUGCUGCUCCCGCUCGCCUUCUUAUUUCUGCGCACAGUUACACCCACCGGCAGCAACGGGAGCUGCACGCCGAGGUCAUGCGGGGACCUGACCAUCAGGUACCCCUUCUCCCUCGCCGGCGCACAGCCGUUCUACUGCGGCUACCCGCCCUUCGACCUCACCUGCGACACCAGCACUGGUCAUGCUGGUGCCUACGUGAGGAAAACGUUCAGGGAGCACCUGUUCCGCAUCAACGACAUAUCCUAUGAGAACAACUCCAUGGUGGCCGCCGUGCAGACCUCCUUCGUGGGCGACAGGGCCUGCCCCGUCCCCGACUUCAACGUGUCGGCCAGCCUCGCCCUCUUCCCGUUCAACAUCAGCGUCGCCAACAAGCGUCUGGUGUUCUUCUACAACUGCACCGUGCCUCGUGAGUUCAGCCUGCCGCGGCGGUGCGCGAAUCACUCGAUGGGAGCCUACAUCUCCGGUUCAUGGGACGACGGCGAAGGCGGCACGCCGCCGCAGGGGGUUCCGAGGAACUGUAGCUCGGUGAGCGUGCCGGUGCACCGAGGAAUGGCGCGACCUCAUGAGCACUACGAGCGGCUGAUCAGGGAUGGAUUCCUCCUGAAGCUGCUGGCGCCGAUAGGGGACUGCGAUGGAUGCAGGCAGAUGAGCGGCAGGGAGUGCAGGUUCGAUCAGUUUGCGUUCCAGUGCGCCUGCCCCGACGGGAACCUCUGCUCAAAUUCCACCCAAGAAACCAACGCAACAGCUCAUCCAGUAUUGCAGCUUGAUUGCAUAGACGCAAUUAAAACAAAUUCAUCGGCGCUGAUUGAAUUGGCAGAUGAAUGGCAGAUGAAGUUCCUGAAAACGGGAUCUGAUGCCUGUGGGAAAUUCGGCUACUGCGUGGGGGCGCGGCUGAGGUGCAGGCGACGCCAGUCCGUCGCGGGAGGCAGUGGUGAGAGCCGUGUGCGUGGCCCGUAUCCGCUCCAUCUUCACCCGCCUCUCCUUGAGCUUGAGGUACGCCAACCCCUUAGCGAAGGUAGGCUCCGGGAUGAGAGUAAGGUUGGAGGCGACGUUCCCAAACUCAUCAUUGAGACCAGCGAACUCGCCGUGAAGAAGGACCUUGGGCUGAAGUUUGUUGUCGGUGAAGAGGCCGUUGAGAUUGGUCCAUACGGCGUAAGCGUUAUCAUCGUCGCAUACAACGGUGUGGAAGAGGUCCUUGGAGAUGGUGAGGUAGAACCAGCGGAUGAUGGUGGCGUUGCGGGUCAUCCAGUCCUCGUCAUUCACCAUGAGACGGGAGUCCACGAUGCCAUCGAUGUGACUGUGGAGCAGGUACUCAAGGAACACCAAAGAGAAGUACCUCUUUCAGGCGGAGUAGGAGGCGGUGGACUAAUCAACGAUCACUGGAACGCGGUCGAAGAUGUUGAAAUCGCGAACGAGGGGGACGUCCGGGCCGACGAACGGAUUGCUGCCGGAGGAGGCCGAGUAACUCAGAGAGACCAUGGCAGCGGGCGAUCGGCGGCUUCGGGUGGUAAGGCUUUGAUAUCAGCAGCUGCAGCACUGCUCUUGCCUUGUAUUUAUGUGCUUAUAUGCUAUAUGACGGGGAAAAGAAACAGGUUUCUCCUCUGGAAAAAGAAUACCAGCAGCACUGAAAGGCAUUACGAGGCUAUGAUAGUAUCGUAUGGAUCACUUGCUCCAAAAAGAUACAUGUACUCAGAGGUAAUGAAGAUAACGUCUUCUCGCAAUAAGAAACUUGGCCAGGGUGGUUACGGUGUGGUUUUCGAAGGAAAGCUACAUGAUGACCGUCUGGUUGCUGUGAAAUUCUUGCAUGACUGCAAAGGAAAUGGGGAGGAGUUUGUGAAUGAGGUUAUGAGCAUUGGCAGGACCUCUCAUGUGAAUAUUGUUAGCCUGUUUGGAUUUUGUUUGGAGGGAUCAAAACGAGCUCUUAUAUAUGAGUACAUGUGCAAUGGUUCCCUAGAUAGAUACAUCUACUCAGAGAACCCAAAAGAAAUUUUAGGAUGGGAGAGGCUCUAUGCGAUAGGGAUUGGAAUAGCUCGUGGACUGGAAUAUUUGCACCAUAGUUGUAACACACGGAUCGUCCAUUUUGACAUUAAGCCUCAAAAUAUCCUUCUGGACAAGGAUUUUUGCCCAAAGAUUGCCGAUUUUGGUCUAGCUAAACUAUGCCAUACCAAGGAGAGCAAGCUUUCAAUGAUUGGUGCUAGAGGAACAAUUGGAUUCAUUGCUCCAGAAGUUCACUCGCGAAACUUCGGACUUGUUUCAACAAAGUCAGAUGUUUAUAGUUAUGGAAUGAUGUUGCUAGAGAUGGUUGGAGGCAGGAAAAAUGUGAAAUCAGUGGUUGCAAAGUCAAGUGAAAAGUAUUUCCCAGAUUGGAUUUAUGAUCACUUUGCUCAAGACGAUGGAUUAGAAGCAUGUGAAGUUACAAGUGACAUUGAGGAAAUUGCAAGAAAGAUGACCCUUAUUGGCUUGUGGUGCAUACAAGUAUUACCUAUGUAUCGCCCUACUAUUACCAAAGUUCUAGAAAUGUUCGACAGAAACAUAGAUGAGAUGGCCAUGCCACCGAAGCAAAACUUCAGUGGACUACUAGAAAAUUCAGCUCACAAUAUGAAUCUAAAAAGUGCAAGCUCUACGAGAUCUGGGGAGACAAGCCUUGUAAAUUCAGGAAACACACAACAAUGUCCACCACUUUGAGGAGGUUACUUGUACUACAGUAUAUUGUUAUGUUGAACAGGCUCAACUAAGUUCGACAUUGUACCGUAAUCCUUCCAGAAUUGCCAAUGCACAAUUGACUGGAAAAUCCAA